AUGUAUUGUAUCAUAUUUAUCUUCUCUGUACUGGGCAAUACCUUGGUUAUUGUGACCUUGGUCCAAAAUAAGAGGAUGAAAACUGUGACCAAUGUCUUCUUGAUGAACUUGGCGGUCAGUGAUCUACUCCUUGGAGUCUUCUGCAUGCCCUUCACCCUGGUUGGUAGUUUAUUGAGAAACUUCAUUUUUGGGGAGGUUAUGUGUCGUCUUAUUCCAUACCUUCAAGCGGUUUCUGUAUCCGUCAGCGUGUGGACACUCGCAUCUAUCUCCCUAGAAAGGUUUUUUGCCAUAUGUCAACCGUUUCGAUCCCGCCAAUGGCAAACAAUCUCUCACUCGUACAAGGUGAUCGUGUGGAUAUGGAUUGGAUCCCUCCUGACCAUGUUACCACUAGCUGUUCUAAGCCGUCUACUUCCAACUAAAGUAUCAGGACGCUAUAAAUGCCGAGACGUGUGGCCAAAUGUCACAUCAGAACGUGUGUUUAAUCUGUACUUGGACGCAGCUUUACUUAUUAUUCCACUCGUCAUCAUGACAUUCAUGUAUUUUCUGAUCAUCCACACAUUGUAUGUCGAUCUAGAGGAUGAAAACGAAGAUCUUCCACUUCGCUUUUUAGCCAGUCGAAGCCAAAAAGCACCACAAAAUCGCCAAGACAGUGCAAAACCAGUAAUUGUUCAAAUGGCGGGAAACAGAGCUUACAACACUUUUACAGUUACUUCACGAUCUCGAAUUACUGUUCAUCGCCAUCUAGUGCGGAGAGGGCAUUACUGCAAAAAUUCAGAUGAGGCUAGAAACAAUAAUGCUGAAUAUGCAAAACAAGCCUUAACCAUUAAUCUAGCCAAAGAAAAACCUGCCACCCUGGCUAGAUGGAAGAAAAACUAUAAUCCUGUUAUUGGACUGGAAGACGACUCACUUUGA